AAGACUUAAAAGAGGAGGGUAUGUGCAUUAAUGCUUCUGAUCGGGAGCUUGCUGAUAGUAGUAUCUUUUCUUGCGUUGAAGGAUGCACGGAGCUCAAACGUCAGGAAACUCAUCUUCUUGCUGGCAGUUGCUGAUCUUUUCACUGCAGCCAGUUUCAUUGCUGCCGUGGUGAGACGCUAUGCCUUCAUGAGCGGUCGUGAUGUGGAUCAAAAUGUCAGCAGAAGCUCUACAAUGAGGGAAGAUUCGAGCUAUUUGACAUUCUGCAAAGCCCAAGCGGUCUUCACUGCUUACUUCCAAUGCGUGACUUUGUUUCUCACUGCCUUCCUUGCAGUCUACUUCUUUAUCAUUUUAGUCCGCAAUAAUCAUAGACUGGCCAGGAAACUGAUGCUUCCAUUCUGUCUCAUGUCGUGGGGAGUGCCAAUUAUUAUUUGCGGCUAUGUCUUCGCAAAUGACAAGUUUGGAAUUGGUGACUCUCGUAGCUCAGUAGGCUGGUGCUUCAUUGAUAACAUAUUCAUUUUAUCAAGUAAUCCAACCAGUUAUAAGAAUAAAGUCAUCAUGUAUUUCCUCUGGGAGCUAUAGGCACAGAAACUUUGGGAGAUGUUAGCUUUUUUUGUCAUUAUAGUCUGCUAUUGUUUCAUACUGUUCACCAAUAGAUGCAAGUGCAGAAAGAAAAUCAAGAUAGAUCAAAAGAAACAAGAAGUGGCUCCAAAAGAAACAGACUCACUAGUCGAUUCUGACGAUGAAGGACAAUGGACAUCACACAAGCUAUCAAACACAAAAUCUUCCACUCAAGCGCAAGGAAUGAAAAAAGUAGAAAAGGCAAUUUCCAAGACGGAUUGGAGGCUGGCCCUUGUUCCUCUCAUCUUCCUCCUUUUUCGAUUCUGGGGCAACCUCAGGCAUUUGGUGAUCCUGCUCAAGGCUUUGGUAACUCCAUUCUAUUUGUCUUCCUUUCAAGAAAUAUAAUGAGGCGACUGAUAGCACCUGUUUUGAAAAUAUUGGCUCCACUAAACUGUAGAAAGAAGACAGAAGUGAUAGAAGUCAACUCUAAUAGAACUGAGCUUCGAAAAGACAGCAAACCAGCUAAAGCCAGGAUAGUAUUGACGUACAGUCAUAAAAUGUAAUUUUUCAAGUACUAAUAAUUAUUAAUGUUUUUAAAAGACUUUAAUAAUUUCAAUGUGUGAUUUUGAAAAAAAAGAAAAAAAAGAAUGUGACUAAAAUUGUUAUACACAAUUAUAUUUAUAAUAAUAAUAUGCAUGAA